AUGCUGUUGACUUUCGGCUCGGCCCUCUUUAUCGGCCUCUCGCUGCUCAACCUGCCUAACACGCAGACAGGCAUCACGAUCCAGACCAUCGCCAUCUUCAUGUUCCUCACGACGCACCUCAACCUGCUGCAGCAGAUUGUACCGGUCUUCGUAGCCCAGCGCACACUUUAUGAGGGUCGCGAGCAGCCCUCGCGGACGUACUCGUGGGCCGCAUUUAUGGGAGGUCAAAUGGCUGUCGAAAUGGCCUACAACGCGCUGAUGGCCCCGCCGGCGUUCCUGGCAUGGUACUAUCUCGUUGGGCUGUACCGCAACGCAGCAGAAACAAACGACACUGCCUCGCGCGGAGGGUUGGCGUUUCUGUUUAUGCUUGUUUUCUUCCUGCAGGCCAGCACGUUUUCGCACAUGAUCGGGGCCGUCUUCGACCUCGCCGACCAGGCCGCCGGUAUUGGCAACCUUCUAUUUGUCAUGAUGUUUAUCUUCAACGGGAUCCUUGCUACGCCGCCCAGCUUCUGGGUGUGGGUGUACCGUGUCAACCCGUUCACGUACCUCGUCGAGGGGCUGUUGGGAACAGGGCUCGCGAAUGCGAGCAUCCACUGCGCGGAGAACGAGUUUCUGCACAUAAACCCGCCGCCCGGGCAGACGUGCGGUCAGUACUUGCAGCCCUAUAUCGCGCAAGCGGGUGGGUACCUUGCUGAUCCGGCCGCCGCCGGAAAUUGCAGUUUCUGCACGACGAGUAACACAAACGAGGUAUUGGCUGGGGUGCACGUCGAGUUCGGCAAUCGCUGGCGCGACUUGGGAAUCCUGUCCGCGUACGUCUUCUUCAAUGCCGUGGCGGCUUUUGCUUUGUACUGGAUCCGUGUGCCCAAGCCCAAGAAAGACAAACAUGUUACAUCACCACCUUCUAAAAAACUAUCAGGCCAAGAUAGCAGCAGCACAAAGCCUCCUGCAGAGUCCUGGGACCGUCUGUCGGUGGAAGAAGGGCAGGUCGAUGCCGAUGAGGGCUCGUCAAAUCUUCUGUAUGACGAGGAGAAACGCUCGGACAAGUCUUUGAGCGGCCACACCUUGAAGGCCACGCGGGUAAGGAAACUGUCGGGAUCGCUUCGGUCGUCUGUCAGCGGCGGUAUACAGGUGCUUGGUAGCAGUGGCAAGAGGUACUGGGAUGACGACGAGGACAACGUUGACGAUAUACACACACUUGACAAUGAAGCACAAGAGAAUGAGGAAGGGGGAAGUGGGUUGGAGGAUUUGAGUGAGGGCGAAGAAGGGGAUCAGGACAUACCUAUAGGCUACUUCUCGAUGCAAAGGCCACCCGCGACUCCUCAAUACUGGAUUUGA